AUGGCAUACAGCAACCUCAGCCGGGCCCAAUUGAGUUUUGAAUAUCUACAUACAAAUUCAACUACCCAUGAAUUCUUGUUCGGAGCUUUAGCUGAGUUGGUGGAUAACUCCAGAGAUGCAUCCGCUACAAAGAUGAACAUCUACACUCUGGAAGAUGAGAAUCUCCGUGGUGGAUUCAUGAUGUGUUUCCUUGACGAUGGUGAAGGCAUGGAUCCAAAUGAAACUGCUGAUAUAAUUACAUUUGGGAAAUCUUCCAAAAAAUCUUCUGAUUCCCAAUUGAUUGGAAUGUAUGGCAAUGGUUUAAAAUCGGGAUCCAUGCGAAUUGGAAAUGAUAUGAUAAUAUUCACUAAGAAAGGCAGCACAAUGUCAUGUUUGUUUCUUUCUCGUACAUUUCAUGAAGAAGAGGGUAUUGAUGAGGUUGUGGUACCUAUUCCAUCUUUUGAUACAGCCACAAAAGGUCCUCUUGCAAAAAAUGUUAGAGCAUUGGAAAAGCAUGAUCUGGAAAUGAGUUUGAUACUCAAAUAUUCACCAUUCAAAAAUCAAGAAGAUUUUUUUGCUCAGUUUGACAAGAUCAACUCCCAGACUGGCACAUUGGUCAUCAUUUAUAAUCUGAAGUUACUAGACAGUGGGGAACCUGAACUAGAUAUUAUUUCUGACCCCACAGAUAUUAUAUUGAACAACCCAACCUCUGGAGAAUUUGAUUCAGAUGAAGGCCUAAUGCCUGAGCGUAAAUCCUUUCGUGCUUAUACUGCUGUUCUUUACAUGGACCCUCGCAUGAAGAUCUACAUUCAGAACAAGAAAGUACGAACGAAACGUUUGGCCUGCUGCCUCUACAAGCAACGCAUGUAUAAGUAUUCUUCGAAUCGAUUCCGAACGCGUUCAGAACAAGAAGCCAAUCGAGCAGAUGAAGAAGCGAAAAUGGCUGCUGACAAAGCACGAGAAGCAGAAAGCAAAGCCAAAAAUUUGGAAAACAAAUGCAGUUCUUCAUUCAACAAAGAUUUACGUAUGGAGCUGAGAAAGGCACAAAAUUUUGCUCUUGAGUGUCGAAAAGAAGCCCAGAUUCGUCAACAAAUUGCUGAACGUAAACUCAGAGCUCUUAAGGAGCCUAAAACACUGAAUUUUAUUUAUGGAGUAAAUAUUGAAAGACGGAAUCAAGAUGGAAUUUUUGUCUACAAUUGCAGUCGGUUGAUUAGAAUGUAUGAAAAAGUCGGUCCCCAACUGGAAGGAGGAGUAUGUUGCAGUGGCAUUGUUGGUAUUGUUGAUGUCCCAUAUUUGGUGUUGGAACCAACACACAACAAACAAGAUUUUGCUGAUGCCAAAGAAUUCCGCUACUUGAUGAAGGCCAUGGGUGAACAUAUGGAGCAGUACUGGAAUGAUCUGAAUAUUCAUCAAACAGGAAUUACAAGUUUCUGGUCAAAUUUUGGUUAUAUUAGCACGAAAUGGAAAGACCCACCCUCGACAGACCCGAAAUAUGCUCGACGAAGAGCAAUGCAAGUUAGUUCUACAUUACAAUGUGAUGCUUGCCUCAAAUGGAGAACUUUACCAUAUUCAGCCAACAAUGUCGGGCGUGAUUUCCCAGAUGAUUGGGUUUGUAGCAUGAAUCCAGAUUUGUCACAUAACAAAUGUUCUUCAGCUGAGCAGAAAAUGAAUAUUCCAGAAGGAUUUUUAAAGAAAGAAGUGAAAUCAAAAGCACAGAAGCAAAAAGAACUUGAAGAUGAUAUCAAAAGGAAGACAGAAAAAUUAUUAAAACUACAGAACACGAAAGUUGUUGAGUCAUCACGGCAGAUGAAGUUGGAAGAGGAUCGGAGGAAGCGAGAGGAAGAACAGAAGCAGAGAGAAGAGAAAAUGAAGCAGGAGGAAGAGGAGCGGAAACAGCAGCGGGAUGCAAAGCGGAAAGCGGAAGAACGUCAGAAAGAGGAGGCAAAAAAGCGGAAGCCAGAAGAAUUACGUACAAAAUCAAAAGGAAGUCGGACCAUCUUGGGUACGCAUAAUUCAACUGAGUUUCUGAGUUCCCACCGAGUACGUGAACAGGCUCUGCAGCAAAGCAAGAAAACUGGGGCUCGUACAGCAGCACAGGUAUAUGCUGAGAGAAGAGCAGCAGUGGCACAUAACUCUACAUUCUGGCAUAGCAUCUCCAUAGAUUAUGAUCUGAACACUCGAGUGGAAGCUCUUGUGAAUGGUCGAUGGUUUAGUGGGACAGUGAUCAAAGUGAAUGCUGAUGAAGGCAAAGUGAAAGUGAAAUUUGACACUUAUCCUCGUGACAAAUACGACAAGUGGUAA